AGAGAGAGGCCUUAAGCUUGCUUCUGUACAUAAACUCAUUUCUAAUGAAGAGAAACCAAAAAGGCACUCUUUAUAAGACGGAAAAAAAACAAAAAAUCUACCAAAAAUUGCCUUUGGUUUUCCGUCGGCUUACCAAUCGUCUUCUCUGAAGUUCCGACGCUGCGAAUCCGUGUCCUCUCCGAUCUGACUCGCCGAGUCCGAGUCCUUGUCUCGUCCUCUCGUUCUCUGUCUUCGAUGAGUUGAGGACGAGGAGGAGGUGGAGAUCGAAAUCCGGAACCCGUCAAAAUGGCAGCACCAGUUAAUAUAAUUGUUGGUUCACAUGUAUGGGUGGAGGAUUCAGUCUUGGCAUGGAUUGAUGGUGAAGUUAUUAAAAUAAACAGUCAAGGGGUCCAUGUUCAUCUUACAAAUGGUAAAACGGUUGUCACAGACAUCACAAAGGUGUUUCCAAAGGAUACAGAAGCUCCUCCUGGAGGUGUUGAUGACAUGACAAAGCUUUCAUAUUUGCAUGAACCUGGAGUUCUGCAAAAUUUAGCUACCAGAUAUGAACUUAAUGAGAUUUAUACAUAUACUGGCAAUAUUUUGAUUGCAAUAAACCCAUUUCAAAGAUUGCCUCAUCUGUAUGAUACUCACAUGAUGGAGCAAUAUAAAGGAGCAGCUUUUGGGGAACUUAGUCCGCAUGUUUUUGCAGUUGCAGAUGUUGCGUACAGGGCAAUGAUUAAUGAGGCAAAGAGCAACUCUAUUUUGGUGAGUGGAGAAAGUGGUGCUGGAAAAACAGAGACGACAAAGAUGCUUAUGAGAUACCUUGCACAUCUGGGUGGUAGGUCUGGAGUUGAAGGGCGGACAGUUGAACAACAAGUUCUGGAAUCCAACCCAGUUCUUGAAGCAUUUGGCAAUGCUAAGACAGUUAGGAACAACAACUCAAGUCGUUUUGGUAAAUUUGUUGAGAUACAAUUUGACAAGAAUGGGAGGAUAUCUGGGGCUGCUAUUCGAACUUAUCUGCUAGAGAGGUCCCGUGUUUGCCAGAUUUCGGAUCCUGAAAGGAACUACCAUUGCUUUUAUCUUCUUUGUGCAGCACCUUCUGAGGUCCGAGAGAAGUACAAGUUGGGAAAUCCUCUAUCUUUUCAUUACUUAAAUCAGUCCAACUGUUAUGAACUUGAUGGAGUAAAUGAUGCCCAUGAAUAUCUUGCAACCAGAAGGGCUAUGGAUAUAGUUGGAAUUAGUGAGGAAGAGCAGGAGGCAAUUUUUAGAGUGGUGGCAGCAAUUCUUCAUCUUGGUAACAUUGAAUUUGCGAAGGGGAAGGAGAUAGACUCUUCAGUCAUUAAGGAUGAGAAAUCUAGGUUUCAUCUUAAUAUGACUGCUGAACUGCUGAAGUGUGAUGCCAAGAGUUUAGAAGAUGCACUGAUUAAGCGUGUCAUGGUGACGCCUGAGGAAGUUAUUACGAGAACUCUUGAUCCUGUUGCUGCUCUGGGUAGCAGGGAUGCUUUAGCCAAAACCAUAUAUUCUCGCUUAUUUGACUGGAUUGUGGAGAAAAUAAAUCGUUCAAUUGGGCAGGACCCAAACUCGAAAUCAAUAAUUGGUGUUCUUGACAUAUAUGGGUUUGAAAGUUUUAAGCACAAUAGCUUUGAACAGUUCUGCAUCAAUUUUACAAAUGAAAAGCUGCAACAACACUUCAACCAGCAUGUGUUCAAGAUGGAACAAGAAGAGUAUACAAAAGAAGAAAUUAAUUGGAGCUAUAUUGAGUUUGUUGAUAACCAAGAUGUGCUUGAUCUGAUUGAGAAGAAACCUGGUGGAAUAAUAGCACUACUAGAUGAAGCCUGCAUGUUUCCCAAGGCGACUCAUGAAACAUUUGCUCAGAAACUGUACCAGACAUUUGCAAAGAACAAGCGCUUUACUAAGCCUAAGCUUUCUCGAACUAGUUUCACCAUCUCUCACUAUGCAGGAGAGGUCAUUUAUCAAGCUGAUUUGUUUCUGGACAAAAACAAGGAUUAUGUUGUGGCAGAACAUCAAGAUCUGUUGACAGCAUCCAAGUGCUCUUUUGUGGCUGGUCUAUUCCCUGCACUUCCAGAGGAAUCGUCAAAGUCAUCCAAGUUCUCUUCGAUUGGUUCUCGUUUUAAGCUGCAACUUCAAUCUUUAAUGGAGACCUUGAGUUCAACGGAACCUCACUAUAUCAGAUGUGUGAAACCUAACAACGUCCUCAGGCCUGCUAUUUUUGAAAACAUCAAUGUGAUCCAACAAUUGCGUUGUGGUGGUGUUCUUGAGGCAAUUAGGAUUAGCUGUGCUGGAUACCCCACUAGACGAACCUUUUAUGAGUUUCUCCUCCGUUUUGGUGUUCUUGCUCCUGACGUUUUGGAGGGAAACUAUGAUGACAAAGUUGCAUGCCAGAUGAUUCUUGAUAAAAUGGGGUUGAAAGGCUAUCAGAUAGGCAAGGCAAAGGUCUUCCUGCGGGCUGGUCAGAUGGCCGAGUUGGAUGCCAGAAGGGCAGAGGUUCUUGGCAAUGCGGCUAAAAAGAUCCAAAGGCAAAUUCGUACUUACAUUGCUCGCAAGGAGUUCAUUUUGUUACGCGAGGCUGCUAUUCAGUUGCAGUCAUGUUGGCGAGCAAUGCUGGCUUGCAAGAUAUAUGUGCAAUUGCGACAGCAAGCAGCGGCAUUGAAGAUCCAGAAGAAUUUCCGAGGCUAUAUUGCUCGGAAAUCCUACUUAACAGUUCGAUCAUCUGCUAUCACACUGCAGACAGGCUUAAGGGCAAUGACUGCUCGCAAUGAGUUCAGAUUCAGAAAGCAAACUAAUGCUGCAAUUAUUAUUCAGGCUCAUUUCCGUGGUCACCAGGCAUAUUCUUAUUACAAGAGUCUUCAGAAGGCUGCUAUUGUUUCUCAAUGUGGUUGGAGACAGAGGGUUGCUCGGAGAGAGCUCAGGAAGCUCAAAAUGGCUGCAAGAGAAACAGGGGCCCUUAAAGAAGCAAAAGACAAGCUAGAAAAGCGUGUUGAAGAGCUGACGUGGCGAUUACAGAUUGAGAAGCGAUUAAGAACUGAUCUGGAAGAGGCGAAGGCCCAAGAGAUUGCAAAGUUACAGGAUGCUUUGCAUGCAGUGCAAAUACAAGUAGAAGAGGCAAAUGCCAAAGUUAUCAAAGAGCGAGAGCUGGCACGCAAAGCUAUUGAGGAAGCACCUCCUGUAAUUAAGGAGACUCCAGUCAUAAUUCAAGACACAGAAAAGAUUGAUUACUUAACAGCUGAAAUAGAGAGUUUAAAGGCCUCAUUGUUAUUAGAAAGACAAACAGCUGAAGAAGCUAGGAAGACCUUCAAAGAUGCUGAGGCCAGAAACACAGAUCUGGUGAAAAAACUUGAAGACACAGAACGUAGAGCAGAGAACCUUCAAGAUUCUGUACAGAGGCUUGAGGAGAAACUUUCUAAUACAGAGUCAGAGAAUCAAGUACUUCGUCAGCAAGCAUUGGCCAUUUCCCCCACUGGGAAAACUUUAUCUGCACGGCAAAGGACAAUGAUUAUUCAGAGAACACCUGAGAAUGGUAGUGUUCUGAAUGGAGAAACAAAGAUUGCAGCGGACACUUCUCUUGCUUUAUCAAAUCCACGAGAGCCUGAAUCCGAAGAAAGGCCACAAAAAUCUCUUAAUGAAAAGCAGCAAGAGAAUCAGGACCUCCUAAUCAAGUGUAUUACACAAGACUUGGGAUUUUCUGGGGGCAAACCUGUUGCUGCUUGUGUCAUAUAUAAAUGCCUCCUCCACUGGAGGUCAUUUGAAGUUGAAAGAACUACUGUGUUUGACCGUAUAAUUCAAACAAUUGCUUCAGCAAUAGAGGUGCAAGAUAAUAAUGAUGUACUAGCUUACUGGUUAUCUAAUACAUCCACUUUGUUGCUGCUGCUUCAACACACGCUCAAAGCAAGUGGAGCAGCUAGCUUGACUCCCCAACGAAGAAGAUCAACUUCGGCUUCUCUUUUUGGGAGGAUGUCUCAAGGAUUAAGAGGAUCUCCCCAAAGUGCCGGGCUUUCAUUUCUCAAUGGUCGAAUGCUCGGUAGACUGGAUGACUUACGGCAAGUUGAAGCCAAGUAUCCAGCUUUGCUGUUUAAACAACAGCUUACUGCAUUCCUUGAGAAAAUAUAUGGGAUGAUAAGAGACAAUCUGAAGAAAGAGAUUUCUCCAUUGCUCGGAUUAUGUAUCCAGGCACCAAGGACAUCCCGAGCGAGUUUAGUGAAGGGUCGCUCCCAGGCUCAUGCUGUUGCUCAACAGGCUCUGAUUGCUCAUUGGCAAAGCAUUGUGAAAAGUCUGAACGCCUACUUGAAGAUAAUGAAAGCAAACUAUGUUCCGCCGUUCUUAGUACGCAAAGUGUUCACUCAGAUAUUCUCAUUCGUCAACGUCCAGUUAUUCAACAGUCUUCUCUUGAGGCGUGAGUGUUGCUCGUUCAGUAAUGGGGAGUUUGUAAAGGCAGGCCUAGCUGAAUUGGAACACUGGUGUGGCAAUGCUACUGAGGAGUAUGCAGGGUCAGCUUGGGAUGAAUUGAAGCAUAUAAGACAAGCAGUUGGGUUCCUGGUUAUACAUCAAAAGCCCAAAAAGAAUUUGAAUGAAAUAACGAAUGAACUCUGUCCUGUGCUCAGCAUACAGCAAUUAUAUAGGAUCAGUACCAUGUACUGGGAUGACAAAUAUGGCACGCACACUGUCUCUUCAGAUGUAAUUUCAAGUAUGAGAGUUCUGAUGACAGAAGAUUCGAACAAUGCUGUAAGCAGUUCGUUUUUGUUGGACGAUGAUUCAAGCAUUCCUUUCUCCGUGGAUGACAUCUCCAAGUCAAUGCAACAAGUGGAGAUCACGGACAUCGAACCUCCGCCAUUGAUUCGCGAGAACUCGGGGUUUGCAUUUUUACACCAAAGAUCAGAUUAAAGAUACCGUGGUGCAGUCAAAUCUACACAUCCAUCAAUGUGCAAAACUUGUGCAUAAAAUUUCACAGCCGCUCACCACAUCGGUGGGUAUCACAUAUGCUCCCUUCACCUGGGCAAGGGAUCUCUUUAUUUUUGGGUCCUAGCCAUUCUUUUUCCUUCUUUGUUUUCAUUUUGACUCGUGGCCCUGCGACACGAGGUGCAUUCUUUAGAAAGCGGUGUUUUGAAUUAGCGCGACCAUGUGCAUGUUGAGGAGCAUGCCUUGGCCUCCGGUAUCUUGUCACAUCGACAAGGAGCUCCAUUUUCUUCGACAUUGUUUUGUUCAUGUCAUGUAGUGCUUUGGCGAGUGUAAUUAAUGUUAGCUCCUGCAAGUUUUAGGUCAUUAUUACUUUUGUUAUAAUGUGGAAGUAAAAUGUAUCAAAGGGUAAUGUAAUAUCGUCACUUCACAGGAGGAUCAUCGAGGUUAUGGUUCUCUCAAUGUAUCCCUCUGUCAAUUUGCCAUUGUAAAUGACUUCACUGUAUUUAGCUUCCUUUUAUAAAGAGGACAUGUUUUGUUGAA